AUGAAAUUUAAAAAUCAAACACCAAAGACACUUUCUACUGAACUUGAAAUAAAACGUCUUAAACAAGAGCUCAAACGCGAUAAUUACAUGAAGAAUUUAAAAAUAAAGGAAAAUGGCGGUUUUAGAUUUAAAAUUAAUCAAACACCAGAAUCAUUUAAAAAUGAGCUUGAAAUCAAACGCAUUAACCCCAAUAAUUACCAACUUAAAAAUUACCAACAUAAGUUUAGACCCGGAAUAAAGCGUUCAAAUUCAUUAUCUAGCAAACUCAACCGAUGUAAUAUACCAAUACCAAGCCUUAGCUGUACAAUAAGUUCUCGAGAAGCAAUGCAACAAACAAUAAACUUGCCUCAAAUUUUACCUCAAACUGUUGAGGAUACUAAAGAAAACUCUUAUAUGCAACCUUCUGGUAAAAACUAUGUUAAUGCAUCAUUACAUUCUAAUCGUAAUGUUAUUCCUGAACUAUUUGAUACUUCACAAGAUUUUUCUCGAUCGACUCAAUUGAAAUUAAGAGAGAUGUAUUCAAAUUAUUUGUCAAAAUAG